GAGUUCAUCUUUAAUGGAAAAACUUAUUCGAGGGCUAUCCAGAAGCCAUCUGAGAAGUACUCGUCAGUGUUGUUCAGACCUCUUGUUUCAUUUGACGGAUUCGUGUCGAGUGGAUAUUCAUAAUAAAUUCACUGAUGUGGGUUCUUCUUCUAUGUGCCUAAUACAAUUGUUCUAUACGAGUUUUUUCUGUAAUGUUUUUACUAUUAUCGACCAAUUCACGUCUUUAAUUAUGAUAGUGAUUUUAUAAGAAUAUUUUUAAUACAUGGAAAUACAAUUUAACUACUACAAAUAGAGUGUAUUGGUUUAUCAAAUAAAUAAAACUUUGAUCAAUAGAUAUGUAUAUGGUAUCCGAUUACUGUUUUCGGGUGCAAAUUUGAUAUUUAAGAGUAUUAACACUAUUUUACUAAAUAACAUCUGAUAUGAGAUAGUGAAAGUGUAUAUAAUUUGGGCUUUAAUUUUAUAAUAUUUAAUUAAAAAUUAUGUAAAGCUGUGUAUAAAUUUAUUGGAUACACAAAUUUGUGUGAAGGAAUUGCAUUUAAUAAUGGACAUUCUGGAAUCUGAGACAUCAGAAAAUGCCUUGACUACGAAAUAUAUAAAGCUUUAUGUAUAUCGCGCAUGCAAUAAUCAUUAAUAAAGACAUUACCAAGCUGAUCAGAAUUGAAUGCAGAAUAAACCAAAAUAGUUCAUAUUGACAACGUGCCCAGGGUUAUUCAUGGCGUCAAGUUGGUUAUGAACUCAUCUUCAAAGAUAUUAUCUUCAGGGGAAAUAACCCAUCAACAUGAGCUGGAACAACAUUUAUUGAAGCACACUAUUUCUUCGGGGCUUUCCCCACUCCCCAAUUCGGCGCCUACAACUACGUUGAUUCACCAGCAUAAUUUUUCUAAUAUUCAUCAUAUGCAAAGUUUGCCAAAUCAACAAUCUAGCGUCAUAUUUAACAGCACGCAUUCCACGCCAUUUAGCGUAACAGAUAUUUUAAGUCCAAUUGAGGACUCAUAUCGGAAGCUGGAGUUGAAUUGCAGUCCACCGUCACCCUUUAGAACAAAUUCCAGCGAAAGUAGUAUCACUUCACCUAAUACAUUAGGAUCUUCAACAAUGGCAAAUCCCUAUGCGAUGGGUUCACUAUAUCACAGUCCAGGAGUCCAAAGUUAUUGCGGGCCAGCAGAUAAUCUUUCAUUAGCAGGACAUUAUUCUGAUAUGAGAAGUUCUGCGUCUUGGUAUGGAUCUACAACGAAUGAUCCCAGAUUUGCCAUUACCAGAUUAAUGGGGGGGUCAGCGACUACUUCAAUGGGACAUAUGGCCAAUAUGGGUAGCCUAGCCACAUGUAAUGUAACUGAUUCAAAGCCAUUACAAUUCCCUUUGACACAGCGGAGGAAACGGAGAGUAUUAUUUACCCAAGCUCAGGUGUACGAAUUAGAGAGACGCUUUAAGCAGCAAAGGUACCUAUCCGCACCAGAAAGAGAACAUUUAGCCAGUCUCAUACAUUUGACACCAACUCAGGUUAAAAUAUGGUUUCAAAAUCACAGGUAUAAAUGCAAGCGUCAAGCAAAGGAAAAGGCGAUGGCAGAACAAAGCCAACAAAAUCAGACUUCCAGUUCACCGAGACGUGUAGCAGUACCAGUUCUCGUAAAGGAUGGUAAGCCAUGUUCGGGUAACAGCAGUACACCACUGUCUCAACAAGCUGGUACGGCUAGUAAUACAAGUAAUACUAGUAAUAACAACACUAAUAUUAAUGAGAAUAUCAGUACCACGGAAGUGAAUAACAGCAUAACUGGUGGUUUAAACCUUAUAACGGGUGAAACUACUAACUCCCAUUCACCAGAUACAUCCAAUUCCCUUAUUGCAAGCUAUAAUGGAACGAUUGGAAGCCACAAUCAAAUUCAACAGCAAUCAUGCAAUAAUUCUAUAAUGUCAAACAGUUUAGCCAUGGCAUAUCGCAAUCAAAAUAAUUUUAUUUCAAACGGGCAUCAGCAGCAGUGUACGGGUUACUUACCUCUCCAAGGUAGAGCGUGGUAAAAAUCGAAAAAAUUAAGUAAAUCAAUAAAUAGUUUACGAACAAAAAAAGCAAAAUAUAAGUAAACUCCACAUACAAAAGAGGUGUCUACUAAAUUCACAUUAGGAUGAAUGUAAAUUUUAUCGCAGUCGCAUUUAACACUGAUAAAUUAAUGAUUUUUUGUAAAUGUUACGCAACUAGCAUAUUUAUGCAAAUAAACAUCAGUUUUAUAGAUAAAUGGUACUAGCUUGUAUAAAUCAAUAUGAUAAAUAGUUUUUCUACUCUCAUGUGUUUAAUAAAGCUUAAAAGGCAAAAGUACGUACAUGUGUACAUACCUAUACAUGUACAUAUAGUACAAGUAAACAUUAAAUUGGUCCCAAAAAACCCAUUAAUUCUUUUCAUUAGAUAUUUACCGUGAAAAUAUCGCGUGAAACGACCAUAAAAAUGCAAUUUGAACUCUUAAUAUUGAUAGUAAUACGAGUAGAUGGUGCAUUAUAAUUUGCGAUGGUGCAUAUUAAUAUGUAUCACAGGAAUAUUUUCUUGCUUUUUCGGAAUGUUUGAUGUAUUUGAAAGUAAAAACUUAUUAUUGUAGAGAGUAUUCUAAAUAAAAAUUUAACUACGUCGACUUCUUCAAAAGUUAAAAUCAAAAUCCAACCUUAAAUUGUAGAAGAAAACUUUUCACAUUAAUUCUCAGUAAUGAUAGUCAAAUUCAUAAAAUAGAUUUUCAUCACGAGUUUUCAUGCUUUUAUUCGAUAAAUUCAUAACUUUUUCGUUUAGCAUACUCUGUUAUUACAACCUAAUAAAAUUUCUAAUGUUUCUUAUACUUCCAAUUUUGUGACUAUAUAAUGUCUUUUUAUCGCUAUUUUUCAGUUGUGCUAAAAGAUAAAAAUCUAUGUACAUACAUACAUAUAUAUUUAUCGAAUGGAAAUAUUUUGGUUAUCUUUUUAUAGAUCGUUAACAAGAAUAAGCAUUUUUGUGAUCUUUUCGGAAGAUAUUUUCAAGGUAACUAAGGAAACAAUAGUAAUAAAGUUUUUUUUGCCCAUCCUAAGGAGUAUGAGUUCAAACAAGUAAGAGAAAGCUGAUUGCAAUCAAAACCAAACACUAGCAAUAGUGCAACACUGUAAAAUGCAUAUAAUAACACAUGUGUAAAAUAAUGA